CUAGUCUGGAGCCCAGAGCAAGUCAGACCCGCCGCCGCAGCUCCAGCAGAAGACACCCGUCCUCCCUCCACGUGGCAACCCCCAGAGGCUCCCAGAGACCACAUGGCAGGUCCCCAUCUCUCACCCCUGCUGACCCUGCUGCUGUCCUUAGCCCUGGGAGCUGCUGGACAAGGAGGAGAGGACACCGGGGACAGAAUUAUUAACGGAGUUCCAUGUCCAAGGAACACCCACCCCUGGCAGGUGGCCCUGCUCAAAGGCGAUCAGCUCCACUGUGGGGGUGUGCUGGUCAACGCGCAGUGGGUGGUCACCGCCGCCCACUGCGAGAUGAGUGAGUACAACGUGCACCUGGGCAGUGAUCAUCUGGACAGCAAGAGGGCUCAGAGGAUCAGGGCCACAAAGUCCUUUGUCCACCCGGGCUACUCCACACAGACCCAUGAGAAUGACAUCAUGCUCGUGAAGCUAAGCCACCCAGCCAGGAUGUCAUCCUCUGUGAACAAAAUCAACCUGCCCUCCCGCUGCCAUGCACCGGGGACCAUGUGCACAGUUUCUGGCUGGGGCACCACCACCAGCCCAGAUGUGACCUUCCCAUCGCAGCUCAUGUGUACAGAUGUCAAGCUCGUCUCCUCUGACGAGUGCAAGAAGGUUUACAAGGACCUUCUGGGAAACUCCAUGCUAUGUGCCGGCAUUCCCAACUCGAAGUCCAACGCCUGCAAUGGUGACUCAGGGGGACCACUGGUGUGCAGAGGUACCCUGCAAGGCCUGGUGUCCUGGGGAACGUUCCCUUGUGGCCAACCCAACGACCCAGGGGUUUAUACCCAAGUCUGCAAGUUCAACAGUUGGAUAAAGAAGACCAUGAGAAGCCAUCGCUAAUCUCUCCAAACUCCCACCUCUCCAACUCUGCGUUGAAUGGGAAAUUUACAGAAAUUAGGACACAGAGGACCUGUAGUCAUAUUUGACUUUACCUUUGCUCAAAGUCAUAUUAAAACCUUAACAAUAUUACAUAUGUGUAAACUGAUAAAAUCAAGCAAAAAAAAAAACAAGCUCAAAACAAACAAACACACACACGCACAAAUCUCAGUGCUUGUAAAGAUGCAGUGAGACCAGCAAUCUCAACCACUCAAACUGUCAACUGCCACAAUAUUUGUGGGAGGCAGUUGGGCAAAGUACAUCAAGACCCUUCACCACCUUGGACUUAGUAGUUCUAGUAAACCAGAAAUGUAGAACGAGGUUUGAAUUAGUGGGUUGUUUAUGUGAACAACCCACAGAUUUGUGAAAAGGAUAUUCACGAAACUGUUCUGGGUAAUAAUUAUGCAGAGUUGUCAGUGGCAUGCAAGAAUGUUGAUGUUAUCUGAUGUUAAAUGAAAUAAAGGGAGACAAAUGUAUACGCA